AACAUCCCAUUCUUAGCGCAUCAUAAUGAAAAUCUACAAGGACAUUAUCACUGGUGACGAGAUGUUCACAGACACCUAUAAAAUGAAGCUUGUGGAUGAAGUUAUCUACGAGGUACAGGGUAAAUUGAUCAGUCGCAAUCAGGACAAUAUUAUCCUUGCCGGUGCAAAUCCAUCGGCGGAGGGAGGAGUCGAGGAGGGCAACGAUGAUAGCGUUGAGACAGGCGUCGAUAUCGUAUUGAAUCAUCGUCUUCAAGAAUCCUUUGCCUUUGGCGACAAAAAAUCCUUUACACUCCAUCUCAAGGACUAUAUGAAGAAGGUGCUUGAGAAGCUGCAGGACUCAGCCCCCCAUCAAGUUGAUGUCUUCAAGAACAACAUGAAUAAAGCAAUGAAGGACAUUCUGGGUCGCUUCAAGGAGUUGCAAUUCUUCACUGGCGAAUCUAUGGAUGUCGAGGGCAUGGUAGCAAUGUGCGAAUAUCGGGACAUUAAUGGCGAAAGUGUUCCUGUCUUUAUGUUCUUCAAGCAUGGUCUCGAUGAGGAGAAGGUCUAAGGACGAUCUAUUUGCAUGCUAUAUAUAUUUAUUACUUUAUUAAAGCGGUUUAACAUUGAAGCGAUAUUA